GCUUGAUCCAAAGAUAGUAGUCACAAUGGUGCAAUUCCGGCCUCGCAUAGGUAACGCAUCCGUCGGAAGACAUGCCCAUGUUCUGGUUUUCUCUGCCGGCUCACCGAGAAAGACCCCGGCAGAAAGAAUUGGCGCCUCUCGUUCGCGGUCGGAAUAGGGGUGCCCGAACGGGCAGCAUGCCUAUGUACCCUGCCACCUUCGUUGUACGGCUAGCCCGGUAGCUUUACAACGAUGAGGAUCCUCUUUGGGCUUGUCCACCGAUUCUGUAUCCAGCACCGGACUGUGUGGUUGUAAUGCAAUGAUAUAAUCGCUCAGCACAGCCGACUGGAACGUCGACGCACAUCGAUCCGCAACCCCAGGUACUCACAGCCAAUAUCACAAACAAAAGAGACAAUGCCUGCCCCGGCCCAUGUCCAGCGAGCGACGCUCGACCGCUUCAUCGCCGGUUGGAGUAACUGGUCGGCGGCUGAGAUGGUGGCAGACUGGACAGACGACUGCACCCAGAUCACCUUGCCCUUCUCCUUAAACCAUCCGCCACGCACCCGGUCGCAGGUCGAGCUGACGCUACCGUCGGUGCAGAAGGUGGUUACCGACUAUCAGCUCAAGAUCCACCAGAUCGUGCACGACGCGCCCAGCAGCAAAGCUGCGGUGUACGCCGUGUCCAAGGCAAAUACGCCUUUCGGCGGCUGGACCAACGAGUAUGCCGUCUUCUUCACGUUUGACGAAAGCGGGGAGCGCAUUGCAAAGAUUGAGGAAAUGGUCGACUCGGCGUUUCUUAAUGACUUCUUUCCCAAGUUUCAGAACUUCCUAAGAGAACAGCAACAACAGCAGGAGCAGGUCAUCGUCCUCAAUGAUAUUUCUCCCCGGACAUUUUCCAAACGUGCCUACCUUACCUUAUCCAAGCAGACAGACGCCAUGCCCGCCUACGCAGUGCUCGGCGCCACUGGCAACACGGGCACAGCGCUUAUCCGGAUCCUUCUCCGGUCUCCAAAUAAUCAAGUCCACGCAUUCUGCCGCAACAAGGCCAAACUCUCCCGCCUGCUCCCCGAGGACAUCACAAACCCGCAUCUUCACGUCUUUGAAGGCACCAUCGACGACGUUUCCCUGCUGUCCUCAUGUAUCCGCUCGACUCUCGCCGUCUUUCUCGUCACCUCUACCAAUGACAACGUCCCCGGUCUCCGGGUCGGCCAGGACCUCGCCGCCAACGUGCUCCUCGCGCUGCGGGAGAACCUAAAGCACCAGCCACUGGCGCCGCCGGCGACGACAGACAUGGAGACACCGACCACAGUAGUACCCAGACUCGUGCUGCUCUCCUCGGCGACCAUCGACCCCGUUCUCUCGCGCAAAACCCCUGACCUCCUGCACCGCAUCCUGCUCUGGUCGGCGUCCAACGUGUACAACGACCUGCGCAGGACCGAGGCGCUGCUGCGGGCCGAGGAGGAUUGGGUCAAGACGGUCUUCAUCAAGCCCGGGGCGCUGUCGGUCGAUGUGCAGCGCGGCCAUGCGCUCAGCUUUACCGACGAGUCGAGCCCGCUGUCCUAUCUGGAUCUUGCCGCGGGCAUGAUCGAGGCUGCGGAUGACAAGGAAGGGAGGUAUGACAUGCGGAAUGUCGGGGUUGUCAACGUCAAUGGCAGGGCCAAGUUUCCCAGGGGCACCGCGUUAUGCAUUCUGACCGGGCUGAUCAGGCACUUCUUUCCGGCGCUGCACAAGUGGCUGCCGAAGAACACGGGGCCGGCGUAG